AUGCACAAACUGCUGCGGCGACAGCCAUGGACUUGUGCCAGGUGCCUCCGCAAGCAGAAAAGGUACAACAGCACAGCUGCUGGCGUUGUAACCGCCGAUAACACCUUUCGUUCUGCGUACCUGAAUGGGAACGCUUCUGCUCACAGCAAAGGCGACAAUGAUCUCUUGCGCGAGGUGUUCAACCGGCGAAGCCUGUCCAAGGCCACCCCUGCACGACGAUCCGGCUUGAUAGGAAAUACACUCCUGACCAACCCUAAAGGCUUUCAGAAGUUUGCGGAGACGUCGGUUGUGCAAUGCAAGAGGUUGGUAGAGAGGACACUCGCUGCUUCGACAGUUGAGGAAUACAAGACGAUCCCUAGAGACUUGGAUCGUCUUAGCGACCUGCUAUGUCGAGUCAUAGACCUGUCAGACUUCAUCAGGAGCAUACACCCCAGCGCCGACGUUGCCGCCGCUGCAUCCGCUUCGUAUUCUCUCAUGUUCCAGUACAUGAACGAGUUGAACACGACCACUGGGUUGAAUGAGCAGCUCAAAAAAGCCUGGGACAUGCCAGAAGUCCGGUCACAAUGGAGCGAGGAAGAGAAAAUGGUUGCAGUGCUCCUGAUGAGGGAUUUUGCCAAGUCUGGAAUUCAUCUUCCAGAUAAGCAGAGGCAUCAGUUCGUGUCGCUUUCGAACGACAUUGUACAGCUCGGAAACGACUUCAUCAACCAGAUGGACCACGCGAAGGAGUAUGUAUCAUUUUCAGCACGGCAACUGGAUGGCCUAGACCCUACCAUGAUUCAAAGCCUCAAAUACCGCGAACGAGCUCAGAUUCCAGUUUCUAGCAGAUGGUCAAAGAUGGUCCUCCAUUCGGCCAAGGACCCUGCAACCCGGAAAGAGAUGUACAUGGCCGAACGACGUGCCUCGGAGAAGACCAUCAUGACUCUGGAACAGCUGCUUCUCCGUCGAGCUCAGCUCGCCCAACUCACGGGCUUCGACAAUUUUGCGCAAAUGACCUUGGUCGAGAAAAUGGCCAAGACCCCAGAAGCAGUAAACAACCUUCUCGAGUCGAUCAACGCAAACAACAAGAUCCAUGUCCAGAAAGAGCUCGCACCACUCUUGGACCUCAAACGCAAAAUGGACUCGAGCGCCAAAGACCUCGAUCCAUGGGACCACAACUAUUUGCUCGCCAAAUUGCAUCAGAUGGAAGGCGCCUCCGGACCACGAACCUCCAAAUCGCGCUUACAAGAGAGCGCACGCUCGUACUUCGCCCUUGGGCAUGUGAUGCAAGGUCUCUCUAGUCUUUUCGACGCGCUUUAUGGUGUGCGCUUUGUCCCGAAAGACACCGCCCAGGGAGAAAUCUGGCACCCCGACGUGCGCCGCCUAGACGUCUAUACCGACAAGCACGAACACAUCGCCACCAUGUACUGCGACUUAUUCUCCCGUCCGGGGAAACAAUCUCACCCGGCUCAUUUCACGCUCCUAUGCUCGCGCGAAAUCUCCGACGAAGAAAUCUGCGGCUGCGCCGAACGAGACGAGCCAUUGAACAAUGGUAUGCCGACGCUCCAGUCCACGGAUGAUGCCUCUGGGAGGACCACACACCAUCAGAUUCCCGUCAUCGCCCUCGUCUGUGGAUUUCCCCAUUCCCACAACGCCGAUGAACCCGCCCUACUGAGCCAAUACAACCUGAUCUCCCUCUUCCACGAGAUGGGCCACGCCAUUCAUUCCAUCCUAGGCAGAACCUCCAUGCAAGGCAUCAGCGGGACCCGCGUGGCCACGGAUUUCUCCGAACUGCCCUCCGUGCUCAUGGAGUCCUUUGCAACAGACCCGUCGGUCCUGAAACUCUUUGCCCGCCACUACGAAACCGACGCCCCCAUGCCGGAGGAACUACUUACUCUUCUCGCGUCGGAAUCUUCCAGAGAAACAUCCCGCCAGGGCGCUUCGAGCAACGAAUCUCAGAUCCUGAUGAGUAUCCUCGACCAGAUAUACCACGGUGACGGGCCCGUCCGGGCCCUCAACUCCGGCAGGUACGACUCCACCGCCGUGUACUACGACGUGUGGAACAAAUUCGGCAGCAUGCCCGAGCCGUGGGGCACGAGCUGGCAGGGGUUCUUCGGGCAUUUGCACGGCUACGGCGCGAGCUACUACUCGUAUCUGUUCGACACGGCGAUUGCGCGACGCGUGUGGAAGGACGUGUUUCGGAGUGGAGAGGAUGCCGGCGCAGUCGAUAGGCGAGCGGGCGAGAGGUUCAAAGAGGAGGUCCUCAAGUGGGGUGGUGGGAGAGAUCCGUGGCUGUGCCUUGAGGGUCUUCUGGGAGAAGGAAAGGGGGUCUUGGCAGAGGGAGGCGAUGAAGCCAUGUUGGAGGUUGGACGAUGGGGCGUCGGUGCUGGCGGGGUGGGCGAGGUUGAGUAA